UUCCUGGAACAGAUGCAGAUGGGAUAUUUGGAGGGUGCAUGAAUUAUAUGGAGGAGAAUUUAUCGGGCCGUCGCUGAGAAAGAUCAAUAAUCAACACGAAGUACAUCAUCAUCAUGUGAUUAAAGUUGCGUGCGGGAUAUGAUACGAUUUUAUUCUAUUAGUUCUACCAAAACAGUACAACUUAAGUGCAUUAUUAUUGUGUACAUCACGUGGUGUAGAUAUAUAUAUAUUGCAUGCGCGCGGAUGAUUCUAUUAGUUUAACCAAAACAGUUAUUUGUACAAACUUGGUGUUGUGUCCUGGAACAGCUAGAUGCAGAUGGGAUAUUUGGAGACUGUCUGAGUCCGAGAUUUUGAUCAAUUCAAUCUUGUUUUGCAGUAACGGGAAUUUGAACAUUUUUAUGCUUUUCUCACACGUCGAUUAAAAUGGGUUGUAAACAAUCAAAGAAUCGAUUGAGCAUUGCCGUCUGCAGCAAUUCUGGGGAAGACAGCGUGCAAGGUCUUAUCCGACAUAUCACCGAGAAUAUGCCAGACGUGGUAGAGCCAGCGGACUUGAAGUUUAUGCCUCUUCCCUACAACAUGGCAGACAUGAAGGAAUUCGAAUUCUGUGGAAUUGACGCCUUGCUUCUGUGUCAUUCUAUGGAUAUCAAGGGACCCUUUUGCUCCGAACUCGGAUCCAACUCAAUCUAUCACAAGUUCUUGUACAAGGCAAAGAGGUGCUUGGGAAAGAAAAAAGUAGCUGUCAUUGUGCACGACUACAAACUAGGUCUUUCGCUGGAAGCGCUUGAAACUUAUAGCAAAAACAACAAGUCCACAUCCAAUAUGACGUCACUGGUGCUGACACUGGGGCGACUUGCUGCAGGCGGUGGCUCGACUCAACUGACCGAUGUACAGCUGGACGAGUUCAAGUCCUUCUUUGAAGGGGCACUGUCCUGCCGCAGAAUAAUUGGAGGAGCAUUUUACAGGUUUUUCUAUCGCCUUAUCCGUCAGUAAACUUCGAUGAAGAUUGAGGCCCAUUACAUGAACGUGGGACUAAAGAGGAAAUUAUGAGCUGUAUCAUUAAUUUUAUCUUCGACCAGCCCCCUUCCAGUACACCCUACCCCGCUUGGUCGCUUCCUCCCUCCUACCCCCAUCCUUAAUGUUAUUGCCCCCUUGUAACUGUUUAUAUCUUUGUCUUUGAGGUUAUAUUGUUAUUUUAUAGUUACUACAUAGUUGGGUAGUUUUACAAGUCAUACAGUGUAGAUAGCAUAAUCCCAGGCUGUAGUGUAUAUACGCGAUGUUCCUUUCGCAUGGUAAGGGAUGUAUUUUAUGAGGUGAGGAUGUGAAAUUCGUGAAAUAAUCGGAAACGUAUCUAGGGUCCGCAAACAGGCAGACAUUGUUGAAUAUGUUGACUUGCUGUUGACCUGUUGACUAUGUAAUAUUAAAAUUGUGUGUAUAUAAAAAUGCUGUUGUAUGGAAAAGUUUGAAGUCUUAUCGACACUAUAAAUUAUGUUUCAAUCUUGGUGUAAAGCAAAUUUGCAUUCAAUUGGUACAUUGCACAUUGGUGGUUCAUGCAGGGGUAGGGGACGCCUCAUCCCUUAUUGGGAAAUGGGAAAAGUGGGGACGAGAAGAAGAAAAAAAAUAUUAACCAAACAGAAUCAUGUGGAGGAAAAUGCUGCAUUUUAAUAAAGGAUUAUGUAAAUAAUUUGAUUUCUGUUAGAAAUAUUUAUUAUAAUCAAACUCUCCUUUGUACUUGAAAUGUUUCUUCCUUUCAGCUUCCAUAUGUAACGCUUAUAACAACCAAAACAAAAUACCAAUCCGUACUAAUUUAUAUUCAAUAUUGGUGUUUAUUUUUUGCAUGCACACUCAAGUAGCAAACACAUGUUUUAAAACAAUGUUUAUUUGUGGUGUACACGUAUCAGUGUUUAUAAAUCCGUUUUCACUAACAUCUUAUCUCAGAUAACAUUUGGUAGGCCUUAUACUGUCUUGUAUAUGUGAAUAUUCAUCAUUAUUCUGUAGAUUCUGUAUAAUUGGCUUCAGAACGCGUUGUCGUUAUUGCUCAUUUUAUGUAAAUAAAUGCUUCAUAAGCUUAUAUGUUUCUUCUUGCUUGUAAAAUAUUGAGACUGUGUAGGCCCAAAUACCGAGGCAUCCCAGUAAACCGGCACCCAACGAGACUGACGGUCUUGUGGCCUCGUGUGUUAUUGUGGUGUAAAGAAGCCUUCGAUGAAACUCAGGAGGCUCGUUGUCGGUCUUGCGAAGUAUCGGUCGCGUGAAGAUUCAGUUAAAAUAUACAGGAUGAUCAUUGUCGGUCUUGUGGGCUGUCCGUCUGAUGGAUUGAAGCCCCUAACACAAGUAGAAGCACGAAUAUAAAUGUU